UUGGCGUUCCACGGAAGCUCUGUCCGCCGGGAGCCCGGGAGGCCUGGAGGAGGGAGAGUCGCUGGCUCCUCCGCCGGCUUCAGGCGCCCGCGCCCCGCACGCGGAGUUGGGAAACUGAGAAGUGGGUUCUGUUCUGCCUCUCAAAGACAAAUGGCUGGCUUGGAAGCAUAACUCACCCCGCCCUUUGGAUCCCCGCUUGGUCCUCUUCUGGUGCCUUGGGAUCCGUGGUGACCAUGCUGUGAUGAGCGCCGAGGGAGGGACAGAUCACCUGCACCGCCUGGGUCUCCCUGCAUCUUGGACAUGACUGAGCUUCUUCAGUGGGCCAGACAUCACUGGCAUCGGCUGACGAGUGGGAGAACCCAGGAUGAAGAUGAGAGGCCAUACAACUAUUCCUCACUGCUCGUCUGUGGGGGCAAGUCCCCGCAGACCCCCAAGCCGGCAGGAAAGCACCGCGUGGUUAUCCCUCACCUUCAGUGCUUCAGAGACGAGUAUGAAAGGUUUUCUGGAACCUACGUGAACAACCGAAUACGGACAACCAAGUACACACUUCUGAAUUUUGUGCCAAGAAACUUAUUCGAGCAGUUUCACAGGGCUGCCAAUUUGUAUUUCCUGUUCCUCGUGGUCCUGAACUGGGUGCCUUUGGUAGAAGCCUUCCAGAAGGAAAUCACGAUGCUGCCGCUGGUGGUGGUCCUCACAAUUAUUGCAAUAAAAGAUGGCUUGGAAGACUACCGGAAGUACAAAAUCGACAAGCAGAUCAACAAUUUAAUAACCAAAGUUUACAGUAGGAAAGAAAAGAAGUACAUUGACUGUUGCUGGAAACAUGUCACUGUGGGGGACUUCAUUCGCCUCUCUUGUAAUGAGAUCAUCCCUGCAGACAUGGUCUUGCUCUUCUCCACAGACCCUGAUGGGAUCUGUCACAUUGAGACUUCUGGCCUUGACGGAGAGAGUAAUUUAAAGCAGAGACAGGUGGUACGUGGCUUUGCAGAACAGGAUUCUGAAGUUGAUCCUGAGAAGUUUUCCAGUAGGGUAGAAUGUGAAAGUCCCAACAAUGACCUCAGCAGAUUCCGAGGCUUUCUGGAACAUUCCAACAAGGAACGGGUGGGCCUCAGCAAAGAGAAUUUAUUGCUCAGAGGAUGCACCAUUAGAAACACAGAGGCUGUUGUGGGCAUUGUGGUUUAUGCAGGUCAUGAAACCAAAGCGAUGCUGAACAACAGCGGACCACGGUAUAAGCGCAGCCAACUGGAGAGAAGAGCAAAUACAGAUGUCCUCUGGUGUGUCCUGCUUCUGGUCGUGAUGUGUUUAACUGGUGCACUUGGUCAUGGAAUAUGGCUGAGCAGGUAUGAAAACAUGGUCUUCUUUAACAUCCCUGAGCCAGAUGGACGAGUCAUAUCACCUGUGUUGACAGGAUUCUAUGUGUUCUGGACCAUGAUCAUUUUGUUGCAGGUCUUGAUUCCCAUUUCUCUCUAUGUGUCCAUUGAAAUCGUGAAGCUUGGACAGAUCUAUUUUAUUCAAAGUGAUGUAGAUUUCUACAAUGAGAAAAUGGAUUCUACCAUUCAGUGCCGAGCUCUGAACAUCACUGAGGAUCUUGGGCAGAUCCAGUACCUCUUUUCUGAUAAGACAGGAACCCUCACUGAGAAUAAGAUGGUUUUUCGAAGGUGUAGUGUGGCAGGAUUUGACUACUGCCAUGAAGAAAACGCCAAGAGGCUCGAGUCCUAUCAGGAGGCCGUCUUUGAAGAGGACGAAGGCACAGACACUCUCAGUGGCUCCCUCAGCAACAUGGCAAAACCCAGAACCCACGGCUGCAGGACAGUUCCCAGGGGGCCUUUGGGAAGCAAAUCCUCGACUCACCUCUCCGGGAGCAUUCCUGCCCUAGGAAGUAGUGGAGAAGGAUCCGGGGAGGUGCCUCACUCCAGACAGGCUGCGUUCAGUAGCCCCAUUGAAACGGACGUGGUACCAGAUACCAGACUUUUGGACAAAUUUAGCCAGAUUACCCCUCAGCUCUUCACCCCACUGGAUGGUACCACGCAGAGUCCACCCCUGGAGAUUUUGUACAUCCUGGACUUCUUUAUCGCACUGGCAAUCUGCAACACGGUGGUGGUUUCUGCCCCUAACCAGCCUCGGCAAAAGAUUGGACUCUCCUCACUGAGUGGAAUGCCCAUCAAGUCCUUGGAAGAGAUUAAAAACAUCUUCCAGAAAUUGUCUGUCCGGAGAUCAAGUUCACCGUCCCUUGCCGGUGGGAAGGACCCAACUUCUGGGGCUCCCUGUGCCUUUGUGAGCAGAAUCUCUUUCUUUAAUCGAACAAAACUGUCACCUCCUAUGGAGGAUGAGUCUUCCCAGAUGGGUGAAAGCCCUCAGGCCAGUAACUCAGCUUGCUGUACAGAAACUGAGGCACAAAACAGUGCUCUAGGACUCACCAUUGGCUCAGCUGAAGCCCUAGGUGGACCACCGCCCUUGGCUGCCAACCUGUGUUAUGAAGCAGAGAGUCCAGAUGAGGCAGCCUUGGUGUACGCCGCCAGGGCUUACCAUUGCACUUUACAGUCUCGGACCCCAGAGCAGGUCAUGGUGGACUUUGCUGCUUUGGGCUCAUUAACAUUUCAACUCUUACACAUCCUUCCUUUUGACUCGGUAAGGAAAAGAAUGUCGGUCGUGGUCCGGCAUCCUCUUUCUAAACAAGUCGUGGUGUAUACAAAGGGUGCUGAUUCUGUGAUCAUGGAGCUGCUGUCCGUGGCUUCUCCAGAUGGGACAAAUCUGGAAAAGCAACAGAUGAUAAUAAGGGAGAAAACACAGAGCCACCUGGACGAAUAUGCCAAACGCGGCCUGCGAACUUUGUGUAUCGCCAAAAAGGUCAUGAGUGACGCUGAAUAUGCAGAAUGGCUGAGGAAUCACUUUCUGGCUGAAACCAGCAUUGAUAACAGGGAAGAACUGCUAGUUGAGUCUGCCAUGAGACUAGAGAACAAGCUCACAUUACUUGGUGCUACCGGCAUUGAAGACCGCCUGCAGGAGGGAGUCCCCGAGACGAUAGAAGCCCUUCACAGAGCCGGCAUCAAGAUCUGGAUGCUGACAGGGGACAAGCAGGAGACAGCUGUCAACAUAGCUUAUGCAUGCAAACUCCUGGAGCCAGACGACAAGCUCUUCAUCCUCAAUUCACAGAGUAAGGGUGCCUGUGAGAUGCUGAUGAGUGCAAUUUUGAAAGAACUUCAGAAGAGAACUCAAGCCCCUCCAGAGCCAGCAUCACUAAGAAAGUCCUUCCGGCGGCCUCCUGACUCCCAGCACUCUGGACGCGCCGGACUUGUUAUCACUGGGAAGACCCUGGAGUUUGCCCUGCAGGAGAGUCUGCAAAGGCAGUUCCUGGAGCUGACUGCAUGGUGCCAGGCUGUGGUCUGCUGCCGAGCCACGCCCCUUCAAAAAAGCGAGGUGGUGAAAUUGGUUCGAAACCAUCUCCACGUGAUGACCCUGGCCAUUGGUGAUGGUGCCAAUGAUGUUAGCAUGAUCCAAGUGGCCGACAUUGGGAUAGGUGUCUCAGGUCAAGAAGGCAUGCAGGCCGUGAUGGCCAGUGACUUCGCCAUCUCUCGGUUCAGGCAUCUCGGCAAGCUCCUUCUUGUGCACGGGCACUGGUGUUACACACGACUCUCCAACAUGAUUCUCUAUUUUUUCUACAAGAAUGUGGCCUAUGUGAACCUCCUUUUCUGGUACCAGUUCUUCUGUGGGUUUUCAGGAACCUCUAUGACUGACUAUUGGGUUCUGAUCUUCUUCAACCUCCUCUUCACCUCUGUUCCCCCCAUCAUUUACGGCGUGUUGGAGAAGGAUGUAUCCGCGGAGACCCUCCUGCAGCUGCCUGAACUUUACCAGAGUGGUCAGCCAUCAGAGGCAUACUUACCCCUCACCUUCUGGAUCACCUUGUUGGAUGCCUUCUAUCAAAGUCUGGUCUGCUUCUUCGUGCCUUACUUUACCUACCAGGGCUCUGACAUUGACAUCUUUACAUUUGGGAAUCCCCUGAACACAGCAGCUCUGUUCAUCAUUCUCCUCCAUCUAGUGAUCGAAAGCAAGAGUUUGACAUGGAUCCACAUGCUGGUCAUGGUUGGGAGCAUCUUGUCGUACUUUUUCUUUGCCUUGGCUUUUGGAGCCUUGUGUGUGACUUGCAACCCACCCUCCAACCCCUACUGGAUCAUGCAGAAGCACAUGCUGGAUCCAGUGUUCUACUUAGUCUGUGUUCUUACAACCUGCAUAGCUCUUCUGCCCAGGUUUCUAUAUCGAGUUCUUCAGGGAUCCGUGUUUCCAUCUCCAAUUCUGAGAGCCAAGUACUUUGACAGACUAGCUCCAGAGAAGAGAGCAGAAGCUCUCAAGAAGUGGAGAGGGACUGCAAAGAUCAAUCAGGUGGCAUCUCCGUAUGCCCGCCAAUCAGCUGCCGAGUCAGGAGGACCUAUGACUGGCCCCUCUGCUGCCCUUGCAAUGAAGUCAACAACAGCGUGUGCGGUUGAGCAAGAAAACUUACCUACAUGUGAGACUGUGCUAGACCUCGGCUGCUCUGAACUGGGAGCCUCGAAGAUGCCUGAACCUUUAGCAUGUUAAAAGCACAGGAUACCCUGCUUAGCCUUGCAGGAAAUCUUUCCAAUUUGGAAGGAUUCAGAAGAGGUGUCUCUCAAAAGUGAGGAUCACUUGCGUUUCUGUACAAGGGAUAUCAGCAUUUUGCUAGGCAUGGAAAAACCAACACCAUGUCCGCAAUUGUAUACCUGUGUGCACAUUUGUGAACAAGGGAUAGUGUUUGACCUCAGCAGAGUUCAGGGAAGUGGAAUAUUUAAUUCAGGAUCAUAUGUUGUUUUAUGAGACUUUUUAGAUUUUGUAAAGGAAUUUUAAUUGUCUUAUAAAUGCAAACAUUAUCAAAGGAUAAUUAUCAUUUGAAAUAUACUUAUUUUAUAGGUAAGUCUCAUGCAUUUGGAAAAUGCUUUAAGUGAGAUAUAACCUGAAUUUUCUUUAAGAGAAAAAAAAGUACUUUAAAACUGGUUCAUUAUAGCCAGACAAUGGCUCACACCUUUAAUCUCAGCACUUGGGAGGGAGAGGCAGGUAGAUCUCUGAGUUCAAGGCCAACCUGGUCUACCAAUCGAAUUCCAGGACUGCCAAGGCUGUUAAACAGAGAAACCCUGUCUCAAAAAACCAAAACCAAAACCAAACAAACAAAAAAACCUGCUUUAUUAGGAAAACUCAUUAAUUUAAAGACAAAUCCCCAAGAACCUUUUGUUUCCCGUGAGAAGAAGCCUUUGGUCCCUGACUGCAGGUGGUUAGCAUCCCCCUGUUUCAGCACUGUGCUGAAGUAGAGCCUUUGUAGGAAAGGAAAAGAAGAGGGCUAGUGUGUCCAACAGAACCAGGCUGCCUUCUGCUCUGUCUACUGUGAUGAGAUGACACAUGAGCUCCCCACAUGCAGGUGUUGUCAAUCCGGAUAGAGACAACUAGGUCAUGAAACACAAUCAGCUGAGCCUAGAGACUGUGAGCAACCCCCCCCCCCCCCCCGAGUUCCAAAACUGAGGAUACCCCCACCACCGUGAGACCAUCAUCUUCAAAACAGUCCUCCAGAGAGCAUUUGAGAGUUCGUAGUCGUAACAGUGCUCAACUGCCUGUCUGCAUUUGUUGCCUCUACAGAGUGAGAUCUGGGUUGAGGCUGAUACAGGUUAUGCUCAGUGGGACUCCCAAGCUCUUAGAAAAAGUUAACGUAUUUAAGGGUAGAAAUGUCUGUAGCAAGUUUCCUGCUGUGACACAUCGUGGACGCUGGCUUCAUUUAGUGCCUAGGAGCUAGUUUACCCCAGGUGAGUCAGUUGGCUACUGUGAGGUCAUGUAGUCUCGCUGAAGUCUUUCAAAACUUCUGUAUUCACCUGAAAGCUGUCACCUACCCGUCAUGUGGAACUGCCUUCAUGACUCUCUGUGCUGAGUCAGUGUCUACAGCAAAGUCUUAUCAACUGUUAUUCUCAGGGCCUAACCGUUGCCUGCUUGUACUGUCCUGGUCACUUUCUGUACCUCCCUGUUAUUGUUAAAUGUCUUUUUAUAUAGACUCAUUUUUGGAAGUAUGACAAUAUCAUGUGGCUAAAGGAAGUGGCCUUCUGCUUCCCUAAGAUUUUUUUAAAAUAAAUUAUUUAAUAAAUAAUAUUCA